CGGCGGGCGCGGAGGGAGGGACGGCCCGGCCGGAGCCGCGUGUGAGCAGCGCCGAGGCUGUGGGUGCCCGCCCGCCGCCGGCCCCGGCCUGCCCGCCCGGCGCCCCCCGCCCGCAGGAUGUUCAAGAAAUUUGAUGAAAAGGAGAAUGUAUCAAACUGUAUCCAGCUGAAGACUUCAGUUAUUAAAGGUAUCAAGAAUCAACUGAUAGACCAAUUUCCUGUUAUUGAACCAUGGCUAAACCAAAUAAUGCCAAAGAAAGAUCCAGUUAAAAUAGUAAGAUGUCACGAGCAUAUAGAAAUCCUCACUGUGAAUGGGGAGUUGCUGUUCUUCAGGCAAAGAGAAGGGAUUUUUUACCCAACGCUAAGGUUGCUUCACAAAUACCCAUUUAUUCUCCCGCAUCAGCAGGUUGAUAAAGGCGCCAUUAAAUUCGUCCUGAGUGGAGCUAAUAUAAUGUGCCCUGGCCUGACGUCUCCUGGAGCAAAGCUUUACCCUGCUGCUGUUGACACUGUUGUUGCAAUUAUGGCAGAGGGAAAACAACAUGCAUUAUGUGUGGGAGUAAUGAAGAUGUCAGCUGAGGACAUUGAGAAGGUCAACAAAGGGAUUGGUAUUGAAAAUAUCCACUAUUUAAAUGAUGGCCUUUGGCAUAUGAAGACAUACAAGUGAAACAACAGGAACUGUUACUCCAAAGGAAUGCACUUAGAUUAAAUGUGGACUGCUUUGUAAUUCCUUGUUUUUAAUGUGACUGAAUGUACAAAUUAUUUUGUUCUGUGGCUAUGCUAAAUAAAUCAGUUGAAUGCAAAAGUACUGUUAGGCUACAAUAGUUUUCUAGAUUUCUUUUUAUUACAGUUAUUUUGUCUUAAACCUGAGUCUUCAGUGGCUGAAGAUAUUUGGUGAAAGAUUCUGCAUGGACUGUGAGUAGAUUAUUUCAAAUGGAAAGGAGGAAAAAGUCAAGAAAUGUUUACAUUUUUGUGCUCUUCUAAAAGAGUAAUAUAAAGUGUGUGUGAAAUAUAAAUAUAGUUUAUAAAACCUC